CUCUAACAAUUAUUAGGAACAUCCGGAAGGUAUUGCAAAGAAAGUUCGGCGUUGGAAUGUUGAAGUUAGUGAGUUAAUCGUCGGAAUCAUGUUCAUCGACAUACCCGAAAUUCUGGACAGCAACUUUCUAGUGACUUCAGGUCCGAUUUACGCUAUCUUACAUAUGUUAAAACGAAAUACUUUCUAUACGAAAGUUAUAGCCUUACGUCUUAUGAAUCCACAGAAUCAAACGGUUUGCGAUUCCGUGAAGAAACGAUGGAGAUAUGCUCAAAAUACCGCAGGCUGUCCAAUUGUGACGGGAAUGACAAAGUUGGUGAAUUUUGAUAUUGUUUUCACUCCCGCUCAUCCGUAAGGUUUCGGCCGAUGAUUUCCAGGUCUGUACCUUUGCGUUAGACUUAUCGAAUCAUUCAUUACAUACAUACAUGAACAUAUAUGUUGUUUCAUAUGUUAAAACCAUUCCAAAAUAUAUAUGUGAUGCAUAUAUAAGUUAUCUAUAUGUUGAGAUCCAAAUACACCAAAUCCAUAAAGUUAAUAUACACAUAAUUAAAUUUAAACUUUGGAAAUCAACCCAACAAUAUGUAUAUGUUAAUCAAAGGUGCUUAAAAGACUUAAAGAAGUAUUUUGGACACUCAAAAUAUCAAGAGAAAGGUUCGCAGACCUAAACGGUCGAUGCAAAUGGUCGACCGUCGUGUUAAAAAUCGAAACGGAACAAGACUGUCAGACCAACGGUCGACCGCCGGUGGCCAACGGUCGACCGUCGCCUGUCCAGCCAAGUGCCGUCGUCCACCUCUAGUCAACAACGGUCGACCGCCGGUCAACCGCGGUCGACCGUCACGGUGAAUCUCCAAUCCGACCUGAUGAAGAUCAAGGUCGACCGUCGCGCCAAACGGUCGACUGUUCCGAGCCCCGUAGCUUAAUUAAAUGAUAUUUUAAUCAUCGUGAUGUGCGGGACUUACUAGUCCGACAUCACCCGUUCCGGGCUUAGUGUACGUACAUGGUAUUCAGGUUUCGAGUACCACCCAUAUUUUUCUAGUCUCACCUCAUUCGUGAGACUAAGGCCGCGUGAGUUCGUCGUACCAAAUGGGCGAAUCUCAUAACGCAAGGGUGUCCUUGCUCGUUAGAAUCAUGCAUCAUGUUAUCAUCAUCAAGUACAUUGAUUACAUAGGUGUCAUGUAAUCAUCAUCAAGAAUAAUUAUAUUGAUUACAUAGGUGUCAUGUAAUCAUCAUCAAGAAUAAUUAUACUGAUUAAAUAUGUCAUCAGGUAAUCAUCAUCAAAUGUCCACCAUCAUAAAUCAUCAAAUUGAACAUACGAUAUAAUGUGCCAUAUCAUGAAUAUUAUUAUACAUUUUGUGGACGUAUAUAUGUAUAUGUAUAUGUCUAUGAAUUAUUCUACAAUUCUAGCGUGGUACCACUCAGCGGUUUCGCUGAGCGUGUAGUUUGUAUUUUUCGUUGACUACACGUAGGUAACAAGAAGACAAUGAUGGAAUCAUUUCCGGAGGGCGUUGAGUCAGAGGAGAUGCAACGAUGGCAGGCAAAUGUUUGAUCAUCAGAUUUUAAAAUGUGUCAUGAUUUGAUUAUUAUUGUACUUCCGCAUUACUCUGAAAAUAUUUUUAAAUGGGUCGCGAUCCAGAGUAUGUAAAUUUAAUAUUUAUAAGUAAUUGUCAUUUUCGAAUGUCAAGCGAAAUUUUUAUUUAACUCUCGUUUCACCUUAAUUCGUGUAAUUCCGGGUUAUACGGAUUGAGAAGUGUUCUUCCUCUCCAUCUCUCUUCAAAUCCAUUUCCUCAAACCCUGAAAGAUUCCUUUUUUUAAAAAAAAAAAAAAUUUCAAUUUCAAACCCUAUAUCUCCGCUCGGUUCUCGAUUCAUAUUUUCCUGCAAUCGUAUCCGCGUUUGACUUCUCGAUUACGCUGAUGAAUGUGUGAGGAUCGGAUCCGCAUAUGGACAGUAAUUAUUCAGCUGUUCCUCCCAAGGAUGGGUUCGUGGAGCUGCAGCUGAAAGACGGAGACUUUGAAUCCGAUUUAGAUCGAGAAAACGGGUUCCUGAAACGGGUCAAUCCCGACGAUCCGGAGCUAGACGAUGACAUCGAUUUCGACAAUCUGCCUCUUAUUUUCGGCGAUGGGAAUAAAUCCGGAUCCGGCAUUCACGGCGCUGUUUUCAAUCUCACCACGACCAUCGUCGGCGCCGGAAUCAUGGCAUUGCCGGCCGCGAUGAAGGUUUUAGGAUUGAUUCUAGGGUUCCUCCUCAUCAUCCUGAUCGGCGUCUUGUCUGAAAUCAGCGUUGAAUUGCUCAUCCGUUUCUCUGUUCAGUGCAAUGGGAUAUCUUAUGGGGACGUCGUCCAGGCUGCCAUGGGUAAGACUGCUAGGAUCGUCUCUGAGAUUUGCAUAAUUGUUAACAAUGCGGGCGUCUUGGUUGUUUAUCUUAUCAUAAUUGGAGAUGUCAUGUCUGGUUCUCUUCACCACAUUGGUGUCUUUGAUCAAUGGCUAGGCCAUGGUUUUUGGGAUCAUAGGAAAGUUGUGGUUUUGAUCUUUCUCGUGAUCUUUCUCGCCCCGCUUUGCGCGUUGGACAAGAUCGAUUCCUUGAGCUUGACAUCUGCUGCGUCUGUUGCCCUUGCCGUGAUAUUUGUUUUCGUUGCUAUCUUUGUAGCUUUUGUUAAAUUCGUCGAGGGCAAAAUUGAAAUCCCUAAAAUGACCCCGAAUUUCGGGUCCGAAAAUUCAAUAUUGGAUUUGUUCGUGGUGAUUCCUGUAAUGACAAAUGCGUAUGUUUGCCACUUUAAUGUCCCACCUAUUUAUAACGAGCUCGAAGGGCGUUCCCCUCAAAAGAUGUAUCGAGUGGGGAGGGUCACGACGGUCAUUUGCGUCCUCGUCUAUGCAUCGACCGCAAUCUCCGGGUAUUUGCUCUUCGGGAAGGAAACCGAGUCUGAUGUGUUGACUAACUUCGAUAAAGAUCUCGGAAUUCGGUUUAGCUCCGCUUUGACUUACAUUGUCCGCGUGGGGUACGUCUUCCACUUGAUCCUCGUCUUCCCGGUGAUCCAUUUCUCUUUGAGGCAAGCCGUGGACGCAUUAUUCUUCAAGGACCGUGUUCCCCUCACGGAGAGUAGGAAGAGAUGUUUGGCUCUAACCAUGGUUUUAUUAGGUCUCAUAUACUUAGGUUCGACCGUGGUACCCAACAUUUGGACCGCAUUCAAGUUCACGGGAGCCACCACCGCGGUUUCGUUGGGGUUCACAUUCCCAUCUCUCGUUGCGCUAAGGUUGAGCAAAGAAGGGAACAGGUUGAGCAAUACGGAGAGGAGUUUGUGUUGGUUCAUGUUGAUAUUGGCGAUUACCGUUAGCGUUUUGGGGGUUUUUGGCAAUGUCUAUAGCAUCAAGAAGCUUAGCUAACUGUCAUUUUUGUUUGUUUCAUCAUCAAACAAUACACAAAUGUUCCAUAGCUUGUGAAAGUGAAGAUGUUCUUGUAGGACCCGCGCCCGAGUGUGGGCCCACCGUCUCGACUAGGAUUUUAUUCUGGGGCCCUGAGAUGAGAUUCAUCUUUUUUUUCCAUUUUGAUCACCAUAUAGUGUUCCUGCUUUGCUUGAGCAGGUAAUUUUUUACUCCGUACUAUAUUGGUUC